ACAUGGCAUUGGCUGAAUAGCCUUUCCAUCAACAUUCACACAAUGCUCAAGCUGUUAAGCUACAUCCUCGGUCUCAUUACAGCGAUCGCACUUAUUCUUUGUAUUGCAUGCGGAUUAUUCUACGUAUGCAGUUGGAUAGAAGAUCGUCCAGCAAAAAGUCGUAAAAUCGGUCAAAGGAUCGCUCAAAUUUGUGGAUUAUGUACAUUGGCAAUCGCAAUCACUGAUCGAAUGCCAAACCUAUUUGUCCUGACAAGUCUGGCUUCAUUCUGUAUCCUGCACCUAUCCCUAGACGAACAAUGGCACAAGAGACUACCUACUUCGGUACGAUUGAUCGUUCAAACAGUUGCACCGGUACUGCCACAUAUCAUCCUAUUACACAGCUUUCAUCCUGCAAGAAACACUAAUGGAAACAUCAUACAGGAUAUUCCCGAUCCCGCAUACCACAGCAAACCAAAAUUACCCGGAGGCAGAUUAGACUGGGAUGCAUACAAUACAGCUCAACCUAUCAUUCGCACAUACGGAGCAGGAGAACAACUCUCAUGCUUUGCACUUUGCUGGCUUCCAACAAUUUGGUCUUAUUUGAUCGCAAUUGCUGAUAGUGCUGCUUUGCCUUUUGCAAAUGAUAAUCCAACAAAAUCAAAGAGAAACAAUUAAUCUCAUCAUUCAUGCCAGCACUCAAUGUAUCAUAUCCACAUCUAUACCCAUAAUAGUGAUGAUUGCUCAAUGAUAGCAUGUCUUUGUUGUCAGAUUGUAUGAAAUACAGUAUGUUGAACGAGUGUGGUGAUAGGUCUAAUUGUGUGCGCAAUGUACGCAAUCGAAUGCUUCUUUGAUGCCAAGACGAUAGGUAUGAUAAUCAGAAAAGAUCCUGUG